AUGAGCAAAAUUUUAAUUUUUGUCUUGCUUUUACUCAACACGAUCGCCAAACUAAACCUAACCGAAAAAAACACCCUGGAACUGGUGCACGUGAUAUUCAGACACGGAGACCGCACCCCCGACAAAGAACUAAUUUAUCCGAACGACCCCCACAUCAACGUUUCCUACUACCCAGCAGACUUCGGCCAACACACCAACACCGGAAAAAUGAAACAGUACCUUCUGGGACAAGCCUUGCGUAAACGCUACAAAAAUUUUUUAGGACCUUACAAAUACGAAACCGCAUAUGCCCGUUCUACGCAGUACCCAAGAACCAAAAUUUCUUUACAGUUAGUUCUAGCGGCUUUGUUUCCUCCAGAGGGUGCGCUAGUUUGGAACAAAAAUUUGAAGUGGCAGCCAAUAGCGUUCGACUACUGGCCAAUGAGGAACGACCACGUUUUGGGACAACCGUACAAAAACUGUCCACGGUACAAGAAAUUGUACUUAGAAUUUCUGAAUUCGACGCAAGGGCGGAAAUUGUUUGAGAACUACAGUGAGACUAUUGACUACCUGUCGGAACAUACAGGGCUUAAUAUUACCAGUAGACAAAUCUACGAGCUCUAUUUCACACUAGAUUUGGAGAAGGAAAAUGGAUUGGAACUACCACAGUGGACACAGUCUGUAUUCCCAGAUGUUUUGUACGAUUUGCUCCAGCUGGACUACUUUUCAAAGUCGGCAACCCACGAACUGAGAAGACUGUCCUCUGGCUUUUUACUUAAAAAAAUUAUUAGAGAUACUAGAAACAAGAUCAGAGGCAUUUUGCCAGAGAACCGGAAGAUCUUCCUAUACUCCGGGCACGAAUUUACGAUAACUUUUUUGAUGCACCUUUGGGGAGUUUUUUACCCGCACCUUCCACCCUAUUCCGCUUAUAUUUUAAUCGAGAUUCAUAAUGUUGGAGGGAUUCGGAGAAUGAAGAUUUUUUACCAAGAUUACCUAGAGGAAAAACCCAAACAAUUAAAAUUACCGCACUGUGGCCAUUUUUGUAGUUUUAACGAUUUUACUGAAUUGUACCAAAAAUAUUUGCCUAAAUCCAAACGAGAAUGUGAUAUAUAG